UUCUCAUGUUUCCCUGAACCAUAAUUGUGUUAAUAGGUCUGAUUUACACCUUUAGCUUGACCCUUCUUUCCUUUAUUGCCCAACCAGAUUGGCCCCCUUAGAUGUUGGCCAGGAGGUUUAUGCCUAUCAAGAUCAAUUGGUGAUCAGGAUGUUGGUGAAUUUAUCAUUCCUGUUCCUUUUGUGAAGCAGAUCAAGCUAUCUAGUGCUGGAGGUCGUCUAAUUAUUUCAAGUGACGGUGUUUGGGAUGCCUUGACUGCGGAAAUGGCUUUUAGUUGCGCACGAGGGCUUCCUCCAGAGGCUGCAGCGGAUCAAAUUGUCAAAGAAGCAGUGGAUGCAAAAGGAUUAAGGGAUGAUACAACUUGUAUUGUUAUUGACAUAAUACCGCCAGAAAAACCGAAAUCCACUAUACAUUCUCGAAAGAAGGCACGGAAUGGCUUUAGUCUUUUGAAAAAUAUAUUCAUCAGAAAAAGAACAUCAGACACAUUAUCACGUGCUGAUACGGAGCGUACUUCUGAGCCCGACUUGGUGGAGGAAGUCUUUGAGGAUGGAUGCCCAUCUCUGCUAAGAUGGUUAGACUCCGAGUAUCCAGUCCGAAAUAUGUUCAAGCUCUUUGUAUGUGCAAUUUGUCAAGUAGAGCUAGAGUCUGGUCAAGGGAUAUCGAUACACGAGGGUUUGUCAAAGCCAGGAAAGGUGUGUCCCUGGGAUGGUCCGUUCCUUUGUCACAGUUGCCAGGAAAAGAAAGAAGCAAUGGAGGGAAAGCGGCCCUCACGCGAUUCCUCCUCAAGAAACAGUGGGUCAAGCGAGUAGUAACCGAGGGCAAGAGUCAUCUUGAAGCAACCAUCUAACGAUAUUCCGAAAGACCGAUGCAUAGCUGACACUUGGCAUUCUUGCAAUGGUUGAUCUGUUAGAUGUAUUAUCAUGGAGUUAGGAUGUAAGAUGAACAACUGGAUUGACAGGGAGGGAGGGACCUGUGUUGAAGAGCCAAAGCACAAGAUACUCGUCUUGUAAUGCUAUGGAGCAAAGGGAAUUGCCUGUUGGUACCAACAUGUUCAGUGGGCUCUCUCUCAGGCCAAAGGCAUGUUUAACUAAGAACGGCUGUUCUCUUCUAAGGUCAGCCAGCCAUCAUGUAAAUUAUCCAUCGUAUAGAAGUGUGACACAUAGCCGCGGCAUUGUAUUUGUCAAGUAGGAUUAGCUGUGAGAUCCUGAAUUUCAUUUUGGGCAGAUCUGAAUUAAGGUCACUCGGCCCGUUCCCUGUCAGAAUCAUGCCGUAUCUUCCAUGAUUCAAUACUGUAAUUAACACCUAAGGAUUAGCUGUGAGUAAACAGGACAUGUUCACCAUUUCUUUGUA